CAUUCGUUGAUCUCAUCCAUUCUAUGGCUGGACGAUCAUGUGCGCCGAAUCUGACCGCUCUAGUUUUGAAGAUUUCUAGUGCACUUCCUAAAAUCUCGAUCGGAGGAACCCGAAGCAUCCGCAGACAUUUCAAUGGCGCAAAAUCAUCAUCAUUCUCAUGCACAGUCUCAAACCCAUGUGAACAUUUUCGUCCCGCUUCGGCAUCUCCUUCGUUUUCCGAUUUGAAAUUGGAUAAACCUCUUAAUGCCGGGGUGCACUGCACCCGAAGCCUUCAUCAAGGUGCAAAAAUGAAGCAUCGUGCUUUCAUUGCUUUAGGAAGCAAUCUGAGUGACAGGGUUAAAAUGAUCGAAAAAGCAUGCCAAGAUAUGGAGGCCAGUGGAUCAAUACGAAUAUUAAGAACAAGCAGUCUCUGGGAGACGCAGGCAAUGUACGUUCUCAAUCAAGACAAAUUCGUCAAUGGAGUCUGCGAAGUAGAGACAUCGUUGCCUCCGAUCGAGCUUCUCAACAAGCUCCAGUCUAUCGAAAACCAGCUGGGUCGUGUCAAGGUAAUUGACAAAGGACCCAGAAAUAUCGACCUUGAUAUUCUUCUCUAUGACCAAAUAGUAUUCUCAGACGAGAGGCUACAGAUUCCCCACACACUCAUGCUGGAGAGAGGCUUUGUUCUUCGGCCUCUAUGCGAGAUGAUCCCCGAAAGGUGUCUGCCUACGCAUAUCUCGCUUCCUGCGGGGACCUUUAGAUACCAUCUGUCGAAGCUACCGCCAUUAGAGACCCCAAUAUCGCCACUCACCCCUAUUUCACCAAGUUUGCCACCAAUAUCCGCAUAUCACUCAGCCCGUGAUACGAGAAUUAUGUCUAUUAUAAAUCUAACUCCAGAUUCUUUCUCAGAUGGUGGAAAGCACUACAACAUCGAUGAGAACAUUCUGUCCAAUAUUAUCAAGUCUCACGUCGCCGCUGGGGCUACUAUUCUUGAUCUCGGGGGGCAAUCAACCCGACCAGGGGCGAUCCAAGUCUCAGAAUCAGAGGAAUUAUCUCGCGUCUGUCCUACCAUCAAACUCAUUCGAUCCAUACCAGAAGCCAGAAACACUGCCAUCAGCGUAGAUACCUACCGAGCUAGCGUGGCUGAAGCAGCUAUCCAGGCUGGCGCAAACAUGGUAAACGACGUAAGCGCAGGCUUGAUGGACACCGACAUGCUUUCCACUGUCGCCCAUCUUGGAUGCACCGUUUGCCUAAUGCACAUGCGCGGUACCCCCGAAACCAUGAAUAGGCAUGCUUCUUAUCCUGACGGUGUAGUCGAGACCGUCGGCCGGGAACUCUUAGAACGUGUGCAAGCAGCCGAAGCAGCCGGAAUUCGUCGAUGGCGUAUCAUCCUGGACCCUGGAAUUGGAUUCGCGAAAACGCAAGAACACAAUCUAGAGCUCCUCCGUCGCUUAAGUGAGCUCCGCCGUUACCCUGGGCUUCAUGGCCUUCCGUGGCUUGUCGGUACGAGCAGGAAAGCGUUUGUGGGCAGGAUCACGGGCGUCAAAGAAGCGAAAGAGAGAACUUGGGGAACUGCGGCCGCUGUCACUGCUGCUAUUCAAGGGGGUGCGGAUAUCAUUCGAGUUCAUGAUGUGGAAGAGAUGGGCCAGGUCGUGAAGAUGGCGGAUGCUGUGUGGCGAGUGUAGCGAGAUUACCGUUCUUAAUAUCUUCAAGUUUUAUAGUUGGCCUAUCCGUAUCUUAAGAUCUCC